AAUAAUUGUGCAAUUUGAAAUGGCGGACAGUAGCUUAAAAUCAAACAAGAUCUUAAUCACUAAUCCUUACUCUAAAGACAAAGUUCCUGAGAUCACAGUAAUCGAAAUGCAGGGAUCUGUUGAAAACACCUUGAAUAAAGAUUUCAGAGGGCUAGAUUUAGGCAAACUUAAAUAAAAACUCUAUCGGAAAAUAUGAGCUUCUCAUCGAAAAUUCAAAACUAACAGGAGAGUUUGUCAAACUAGAAAAUCCACAGAUAAUAUUAGCCAAGGAAGAUGGCCAGUUAGUUGUAAAAGCUAUAAUUAAGGAGAAAAUCUUGUUUUCAAAGAGGCCUGCGCCAGUUAUCAAGCGUGCAGGAUCUCCUGGAAGUAGAAUCAAAUCAAAAUAUUAAAUCAAUAGUGAAAUUUCAAGAAUUUGUGGUAUUUUAUACCAAAGCA